AUGCCUCCCAAGAAGACCAGUGGCAACGAGGUCGACGCCCCCUUGGGGCUCACUGAUGGCGAACUGAGGCUCAUGAAAGCCGUGUUCGACAACAUGACGCAGAAACCGGACGCCGACUGGGCCUGUGUUGCCACAGCCCUCGGACUCAAGGAUGCCAAGUGCGCAAAGGAACGCUUCCGCCAGAUGUCUGUCCGCCACGGAUGGCGCGACCAGGCCUCGGCGAGCACCACCACCGCCAGUCCUCGUAAGCGAGGCGCGUCGACGGCCCCUUCGCAAGAGGCAAAGGUUACAAAGAAACGGAUGCCUCGCAAGAAGGCCGGAAAGCGAGGGUCGGCUGAUGAUGAGGCUAUCAAGGCCGAAGAUGCGAAGGAGGAUGGGGAGACGGACGAGGACGAGAUCUGA